AUGGCCCGCCCCGCGCUGCCCAGCCAGGCGCUGCAGGCGCUGUGCUCCGCCGGCGGCUCCCUGGAGCAGGGCGAGCUGUCGCGGCGGCUGCCGGCCCCGGGUCCCAGCCUGGACAGCCUGUUGCUGACGGAGCCGGAGCGGUUCACGCUGGUGACCCGGCCGGGGCCCUGCUCGCCCGGCGGCCCGCCCCAGGAGCAGCGGGUGGUGGUGGCCACUAGCGCGGUGCGGCUGUGCCAGGAGCACGGCGCGCCGGGAGCCGGCUGCGGGGGCCAGUGCGGCCAGCUCCACAUCUGCCGGUACUUCCUGUACGGCAACUGCCGCUACCAGCGCACCAGGAAAGAAUGCAAGUUUGUUCAUAACUUUCAGUCAGAGCAUAACCUCCGUGUCCUAAAAAGACAUGGUCUUGAAAACUUAAAUGAUGAUGAGUUGCGUCAGCUCCUGCUUCAGAAUGAUUCUUCGCUCUUACCUGAGGUAUGCAUGCAUUAUAACAAAGGCGAUGGACUCUAUGGGUCUUGUACCUUCAAGAAGAUCUGCACCAAACUCCAUAUGUGCCAGUACUACUUGCAGGGCGAGUGCAGAUUUGGCAGUAGUUGCAAGCGAUCACAUGACAUUUUUAAUCUGGAGUGUUAUGAAAAACUGGAGAGGCGGGGAAUGAGCCCAAACCUGAUUGCCAAACUGCCCUCUAUCUUCAGGAACAUGUAUGACAUCAAAAAUGGCACCUCUUCACUAUGCAAAGCGAGAAGAGACAGUCUUAGUCAGGUGUCCCCGAAUACAAAUAGUAAUGAAGAAUUAGAUGAGAUCUGCUUGUUCUACAUACGGAAAAGUUGUAGCUUUCAAGAUAAGUGUAUCAGAGUUCAUUUUAAUUUGCCAUAUAGAUGGCAGAUCUUGGAAGGUGCCCUGUGGAAGGACUUGAAGGAUAUGGAGAAAAUUGAAAAGGCAUAUUGUGACCCCAGUAAUAUCAGAUUUUCAUACAGUGGCUUGCAGUAUAUAUCUUUUCAGAACAUGACCUAUGGCUCUGCCAAAGUUAGGCGCCUCUCCACAGCAUCGUCUGUGACCAAACCCCCUCACUUCAUUCUUACAACAGAUUGGCUUUGGUACUGGAAGGACGAAUAUGGUGUGUGGCGUGAAUAUGGAACAGAAGAUGAUGAUCAUGAUGCUUCCACUGUAUGCAGCAGUGAUCUGGAGCACGCUUAUCUAGCAAAAGUGUCUCCAACGUUGCAGUUCAAAGCUGGGAGACAUGAAUAUGAACUCAACUUUAAAGCCAUGAAUCAGAGAAACCUUCGCUAUAAGACACAGAGAGAGGUUUGCAGGAGACCCAAAUUCCUCUCCCCGCAAGACGUGGAAAAACGGAGAAUCAGUGGUGUUGAGCAUUCACAGGAAGAAUCCAUUCCAGCUCACUGGGACAAAUCAGCUUUACCAGAAUUGGGAUACAAGCUGAUCAAACUUCUCAGCUCUUCUGACGAAUACAAGAAGGUCCAGACUGACUUUCAGCGCACAAUGCCCAAAACAGUCAUUCAAGAGAUUCAGAGAAUCCAGAACCCGACUCUUUGGAAAGUGUAUCAGUGGCAGAAAGAGCAAAUGCAGAAGACUAGUGGAGGAAAGGAUGUGUGUGAAAGACUCUUAUUUCAUGGGACCAGUAAAAAGCAUAUCGAUGCCAUCUGCCAGCAGAACUUUGACUGGAGAAUCUGUGGUCUUCAUGGGACAGCUUAUGGCAAAGGAAGCUACUUUGCAAGGGAUGCAUCGUAUUCUGAUAACUAUAGCAAGACCGACUCAAACAUCAAGACCAUGUUUCUGGCUCGGGUCUUGGCGGGGGACUUUACCCUUGGUAGCUCUUCCUAUCUUCGUCCUCCCGCCAAGGACAGCGGAAACAAUUUCUAUGACAGCUGCGUGAACAGCCUUUCGAAUCCAUCUAUCUUUGUCAUCUUUGAGAAACAUCAGAUUUAUCCUGAAUAUCUGAUUGAAUACAUGGACCAGGCGGUGGCAACUGCUCUGUCAAUGGCUUCGCGUGCUUAUUUUCGGAAUUGACUUAACUGAGGAGAGUUUUUUGUUUAAUAAAAAUGUGCCCAGUAUGUUUUAGACACAUUUAGACUCUCCACCCUCUCCUUGUAACAGUAAGCAGGGGUGACUAUCUUAAGAAAUUUUAGAAAAGCCAUAGUAUUUUUAUGAGUUUUUAAAAUCCAGUCUUUAUUCCUAAAUUUCUCUAGUGGGGCUAACUUGUUUUUCCCACUGUUAGUCUGUUCUGGGGGAUUUAAUAAAUCCAGUAGAUGUUCAUAUGAUUCUUGCAAUGUGAGAUGAAGUAAUAGAAAAGCAGGUGGUUGUGAUGUCAUAUGAAAUUCUUCU